CAACAGUCAUUUUGAGGUAACAAACACUCUAAAGCUAAAGACGGAAGAAGGGGAAUUCGAAGAUUGAGGAGAAAUCAGUAAAGUCGGAGCCGACAAGCCAAAUAUACUUGUUUGGGGGUUGGAAAUGUUAGCGUCCUUUGCUCUGAGCAAGAGCGACUUGCUCUUCUCAACUUCAAACACAGUAUCCAAGAUCCUUUUGAAAUGUUGUCAUCAUGGGUUGGAAAUGAGUGUUGCCUGUGGGAAGGAAUCCAGUGUGACGGUGUCACUGGAAAUGUUCAACGCCUUCAUCUCAAAGGAGAUUGGCCCUACCCCUACAAUCACUUAGCUGGUAACAAGGUGAGUUCUUCUUUGGCAGAGUUGAGGCAUCUCAAAUACCUCGACUUGAGUGGGAAUAAUUUCCAUGGAAGUCGGAUCCCUGAGUUUAUUGGAUCCUUGAAACACCUGAGUUACCUGAAUCUGUCUGAUGCUAAUUUUGAUGGUAUUAUUCCUCCUCACAUUGGAAAUCUUUCUAAUUUAAGGGUUCUUGAUCUUAGUUCAAAUUAUAAUGAACUCAAGGCAGAUGAUAUGGCAUGGGCUUUUGGCCUUUCGUCACUCGAGCUUCUCAACUUGAGUUAUGUGGAUCUUAGUGGAGCACAAAACUGGGACAUGAUGCUUCACAUGAUUCCCUCCUUAAAAGAGUUAAGUUUGUCACAUUGUAGACUUUCCAAUGUUAAUCUUGGUCCUUUUCUUAAUUCCAGUAGAAUACUUCCUAAUAUAAAACACCUCGAUCUUGGCUACAAUUCUUUCAAAGGUCCACUCCCUGGCCUUCUUCAAAACAUGAUAUCUCUAACAUUCCUCGGUCUUUCUGGAUUUAAUCAUAGUUUGGCAUGGAACUUUCCAAACCUACUAAGCAUGAUCCCUUCUUUGUCAGAGCUUCAUUUGUCAGGUUGUGGGCUGGAUAAGACGCAUCUGUCUUCUCCACAUCUUAAUUACAGUACACUUUCUAACAUCCAGCACCUCGAUCUUAGCAAUAAUCCACUUGGAGGUAUAUUUCCAUCUGUAUUGACAAACAUGAGCUCCCUAGAAGUCCUUGACCUUUCAGAUACCAUGUUGAAUUCAUCUCUUCCUAUUAUGCCUAAACUUCUAGAGCUUCAUCUUUCUGGUAACAAGUUUAAGCAGAUUGAGGAUGUUGGAAUCUGGAGACAGUGCCACCUGAAACAAUUGCGUGUGACAAAUAAUGUGUUCCGUAUGGAAAUGACUGACCCACCAACAAACGCAUCAGAAUGCUCCCAAUAUUCUUUGGAGUUGCUGGAAUUAAGUCGGAGUUUAAAAGGUAGAAUUCCAGAAACACUUGGAGGACUGGCAAACUUAAGAGAUCUUGAUCUAUCAUACAACAAACUGACCGGUUCAAUCCCUGAAUCUGUAACAGGAUUAAGAUUUUUACAAGUACUUGAUCUAUCUGAAAACCAGUUGACUGGUCCCAUUCCAGAAUUCCUUGGGAACCUUACCCAACUUUUCCUUUUUUCCAACAAAUUGAAUGGUUCAAUUCCAGAAUCCCUUGGAAAAUUAGCAGCUUUAACAGAAUUGUAUCUACGUUCUAAUUUAUUAGACGGGACUAUUCCAGUUUCGAUUGGGCAACUUGCCAAACUCCGUACUCUCUCUAUCUCUCACAAUUCAUUGGAAGGAGCAGUUACUGAAGCCCAUUUGGCUAACCUUUCGAUGUUGAAGUACUUGGAUGCUUCUUCUAACAGUAAGCUGACAUUGAAUGUUUCAUGUGGGUGGAUACCUCCAUUCAAGUUGAUAUCUCUUCGUCUCAGCUCUUGCAAUAUCGGGAAUGGAUUUCCGCAGUGGCUUCGACAUCUGAGGAAACUUGAAGAGUUAGAGUUGUCCAAUGCUACACUUUCAGGGCCGCUGCCCACAUGGCUGCGGAAGAUGCCCAUCAUUUCUUGGUUAGAUCUCUCUCACAACAAACUCAGCGGAUCUUUGAAAAACCUUCCUAAUGCAGGAAAUGGUGAUGUAUAUGGGCUUUUACAUGUAUUACUUCUGGAAUAUAACCUUUUCAGUGGGUCAAUUCCACGGUCAUUAUGCAGAAGAACAGAUUUGGAAGUGCUUGAUCUUUCAAGAAACAUGUUAAGUGGGAAAAUUCCCAACUGUAUGGGGAAUCUGCAGGGUUUGACUGCCAUGAGAUUAAGCUCAAAUCAGCUCUCUGGUGCCAUUCCUAGUUCAAUUGCUCUUAUUUCAUCAUUACUUUGGUUAAAUUUGAACAAAAAUAACUUUACUGGUGAAGUUCCUCCAGAAUUAGGGAAUCUCCAAGGUUUGGGAGUCUUAGAUUUGGGUGACAAUAAAUUAUAUGGAAAUAUACCCAAUUGGAUAGGGAAAAAACUUACAUCUUUGGUAGUUUUGAGUUUACACAAAAACAACUUUACUGGUAGAAUUCCUCCAUCUCUUUGCAAAAGUUCAAAUCUUCAAAUUUUGGAUCUUGCAUACAACAACUUAACCGGAACCAUCCCUCCGUGUGUAGGAAACUUAAAUGGCAUGGUUGUGAGUCACUCGAUAUAUGAGCAUUUUUUAGAUAUCGAUCAUGAUAAGAAUGUGAUUCAGGUCAUGAAAGGUGUUGAUCUUGAAUAUACAACAACUUGGGAUAUAGUGUUUAACAUGGACCUUUCAAGCAAUAAACUUGUGGGAGAAAUACCGGUUGAGCUAACUACACUUUCUAAGUUGGUGGGUCUGAAUCUGUCUAAUAAUCAUCUGAGUGGGGGUAUUCCAGAGAGCAUUCGAAAGAUGAUGAAGUUGGAAACUCUUAAUUUCUCAAAAAACGAGUUGAGCGGGAGCAUCCCUCCAAGCAUGGCAGCUUUGACUUUUUUGAGCCAUUUGAAUUUGUCACACAACAACUUUUCGGGACAAAUUCCAACAGGAAAUCAACUGCAGACGCUUAUUGAUGAUCCAUCAAUAUAUGCUGGGAACAAACAUCUAUGUGGACCUCCAUUGCAAAACACUUGCUCAAAUCAUCAAGAUUCAACAACAACAACAAGCAAGAAGAAACACAAAGCAGCUGAUGAGAAGAUGGAGGUAUGGUUGUUUUAUGUGGAUAUAAUGAGUGGUUUUGGAACAGGGUUUUGGGGUGUUAUUGGAGUUCUGAUGUUCAAGAAGCAGUGGAGACACAAACUUUUCAUGUUUGCUGAGGAAACCAUGGAUAAGAUAUACGUUGCAGUUGUGGUAAGAGUUGCCAAGUUCAAGAGAGGAAGAGAAUAGCUGCAUAGAUCAUGUGGAAUGCAAGUAGUUCUUGAAUGCAUGUUAUCAGUGAUAGUUUUGCUUUUGAGAUAUGCUUAUUCUAAUGUAUUACUAUUUGGAUUUUGUAUUUGUAUGGCUUUUGUGAUAUCAGUGUUGUUUAGAGGUGCUAAUUUACAAAAUUUCUUUUGGAUUUGGUAUUUAUACAUGAUGAAGUUGUAGAUUUAGAUUACUAUGUAUUUGAGUUGUAGAUUUUUUUUUCUUUUUAAUUCUCGACCUUCUGCUGCUGCUCUCACUCCCAACAUGCGGUUGCAUCCCUCAGUUUUCCUCUACAUUGGUCCAAGUAAGUAAGAACCAUGUAACUGACUCAUUAUUUAUUUCUUCAUUUGUAAAAUUUCUAGUUUUUCAUGUUUAGAAAGAGGAUGUUUGGGUGAAAGGUGGAGUUUUGUUUUUUGUUGGAUUUGGUAUUUAGAGAGGACUAUGGUCUAGUAUGAAUCUGC